UUGCAUGGGUGAGAGAGCCCGAGCGCCCGAGCCAAUGUUCCCAUCGCACAAAACUUACUGCAUGCAGCUUCUUGGUUUUACAGGCGGUACCAUUACGUAUUGGGUGCUUUAUACCAUUCGCCUCAUCUAUUCCAGAUCUCCUCCAAGUGAGUUGCCCCUUGUAUAAACUGCGUCUUGGCCAAGAAGAUAAUGGCUUUGAAUGCUGGUUCAACGCCUGAUCUCGGUCAAGGAGCCGCCGCGACUACCGCUGAAGCGAAGCAGACAAGACUUAAGCUUGGGAGAUGUCCUUCCUGUGGUACCCAGACGCAUAAAUUGAGAAUGUUUCGAUCGGCCAAACCAUUGACGAUUGAAGGAAAAGUCGAGAAUGGCCGAUGCUUGAGUGCCAUGUGUUUGGGCGAGGAAAAUAAUGACAAUAAGGAAAUUGACGUUGAUGACUUGGUGGACGACGAUGGCGUCGAAUUUGACCCGGAUGAUUUUGUGGUGGACUUUGCUGGCUCCGUCGCGACCACAGCCACAGCCACAACGGCGAUGACGGAUAAUCAACCCUGGCAUUGUGCGGCUUGUACCUUUCUCAACAAGUCCGUCCACUCGCACUGCGAGGUCUGCAACACGCCCAAGCCCACAAAGCCAGUUCGAGUAUCGGUGAUAUCACCCACAAAACCACCAUCGAUUCAAGAAACUAUGGAUCACGUCAAUGCUACCCUGCAAUCCCUGGGAGGAACCUACGCGGACUAUGCCUGUCGCAUGGUAUCCUGGGACGAUGCCUCGCGUAACACCACUGCAACGGGAGCCUUGUCCUCGUGGGGUACAAACAUUACGGAUACCUACCUCAAGGCCAAGGAUGGACGAAAGCUCUUUACGGUAAGACCCGAUAAUUGGAAUGAAAAAUUGGGACUCGUCACCACGGAUGAAGUGGCCGUCGUCGUGCGAGAUGCUACUGCCGGCGCUGGAAAAUUACGACCCGUGACAUUGAGAGAUGUCUUGCACAAUAUGGGGGGAUAUGGCAAAGCAUGCAAAAUGGAUGCAGACACAAAUCUGCAUUAUCCAGAACUAGACAAGGAAGUAUCCAUCCGAUUUCAAACAACCUUUAUUCCAGUGGACAGCAAUAACCAAGGACGCAACAAUAAUCGCGAGAAUAUUGAGUUUGGCAUUGAGUCCUACAACUACAACACACUGGAUGAUGCCAAGCCCAAAAAUCUGCUAUUGCUCUGUACUUCCCAGGGCAUGGCCAUUCAGGCCGACGGAAAGGGGCCACAGCUCCUACUCCAUCAUUUCGUACCACCUCAUCAACAACAAUCCAUUGCACGACAUUGGUUCGAGGCGGAACGAUCCGAUCACAAAGUCGGCGGCUCCCAAUGGGAGACGGACCAAGAACGCGCCGAUGCCGCACAGAGGGGCAAGGCCACCGCCGCCGUCAUUGGGACACAGGCCAUGGGAACACGCUUCAAUGCACUCAUGACCAUUCAGGUGCCCCUUUCGUGGGAAAUGAUAUCCAUUCAAAUUUCCACCAGCACGGGUCGAACCAUUAAGCUGAAUGUCAAGCCGACGGACACGAUACUCAGUGUCAAAAAGAAACUUCACAACAAGCUGUGCGAUGAGCCGUCCCGGCAGAAAUUGGAUUAUCGGGGAUUGGAACUCAAGGACGAUCAAACCAUCAAGGCAUGCAACAUCAAGAAUACUUCUACUUUGAUACUCUCUUCUGCUAGUAGUGGCACGCAAACCAUCACUGUCAAAACUCUCACUGGCAAGAAAAUCACAGUAGACAAGGUAAAUCCCAGCGUUGAUACAAUCGACAGCAUCAUGGACAGAAUCCACGAAAUUGAAAAAAUUCCGCCUAAGCAACAAAGACUCAUGUUUUCCGGAAAGCACCUGGAGAAAGGCUCAACUUUGAGCUCCCACGGCGUGAAAGGAGGCUCCGAACUGCACCUCCUUCGUGGUGCGCUCGCUCGAGACCCCAGCGAAAGGGCCACCAGUGCGCCGACUCGUAUGGGAGUCGGAUCUUCGACUAGAUCCAGCAGCCAAGACGCCCCCAUUCAGAUCCCACUCGUAACCGAUGAGGACGAAGCCGAUGAGGACGAAGCACAAGACGCUGCCAUGGAUAUGAUGGGAUUGAAUCGUCAAACUUCCGUGUUGGCAGUUCCUGCCGCGCCACAAGGAUUAUUUUGGAGUGAGACAAUGAUCCUAAUGAAAGGAGAAGGCGUGCAAGACUUGCCCACUGCGGUGGCGACAACCAGCACAGCUCCGACGCUUUCCACUCUCACUGAAUCAGUUCGUUCUGCGCCGUCUCUUCCGGCUCCGAUUUCGCGCCGUUCGAGCGAUGGUACUCCUGGCGCCGUGUCUCGUCCCGCUGCGAUUUCCGACGGCUCGAGGCGUCGUUCGAGCGAUGGUCCUGCUGGGCUACGAUCAAGUGCUCCCGCAGCGAUGGCGGCUGCUGGCAUGGACUCUUCCAGCCGAAGAUACGAUGAGGAGGAUUCAAUUGCCGAGGCCAAUGCCGCCCGUGUAUCCAUUGGAUCCAAAUACGACGAUUGGCAUGGUUUACGCAACGGGAAAGGGCUUGGUCGUCACGAAAGCGAGCGUGUCACCGUAACAAUUGUCCUCUACAACGUUGUCGCGGGGGGAGUUCCAGCCGAGAAUGACAUUGUGGCUGCGGUCGAAGAUAUGGAAGCACUGUAUCUGUCUUGUUCUGGAGGAUACGCAAAGCUUGCCAGCGAGAAUUUUGAUUCGUUCAAGAACGGUGGCCUGCCACCGGUCGUGGAGGACUACAACGUGUUCCCAACGUCCGCAAUAGAGCCACAAUCGAUCGAGGAUGCCAAGCCACAAUCAAUUGGGGAUACCAAGCCACCUGCUGUCACGACAAAACCGCCCGCAGUAACAGAACCCAGCGCACUGGCAAAAGCCCCCUCGGCAGCGACUACCGCUCCGAACAACCCCCCUCAGGAAACUGCUCCGGCACCAAAGGGGCCACUACCAGCAACACCUGCUGCUGCACGGGAAGAGCCAAUGCCCCCAUUUGUAAGAAAGAACACAAAGGAUCCCGAUGCGCGAGUGCUCAAUGACGGGCCAGUGGAUCGGAGGAGGGGCAUCGAUCCCUAAAGAGGGCCUCAUUGAACCAGAACAGAUACUUGAUUAACACACGCACGUAGAUGUUGGCUCCAACAUGCAGCUGAUUCUGUAUCUAUUGACUUGGUUGCUAGCUAGGUUGUACAUGAAUCCUUCAGGCUGUUUGUGGCUGUCCACUCCGUCUGCAUUGGCUUUUUCGAAAAUUUCACUGGGAGUCGAGUCGAGUCGAGUCGGCAACUGGCUCAUCGUUAUUUCUUUUCCUCAGAAACAAGAAUUUUUGCCUCGAUGGUGCGUGCAAUGUUUCUGGCUUGCUAUGGCAAUGUACUAGCUAGUAUCAAACACCAAACGAAAAGGAUGUAGCCAGACUACCUUAUCUGUAGUUUAACUGGAAUCUAGGUCUAAUGUAAUGUACUUAACUCUAACCCCCAUCGUAGCUACGAGCACACAGUCGCAAGCUGAAUCGA